UCAAGCAUUUAUGACUUAAAGGAAGAACACUGCAGGUCCAGAAAUCUCCUCCCAGCCUGAUGAGGAAGAAAACCACAGCUUGGAUCUAUCAUUUGCUGCUUGCCACCACGACGUCAGCUCAGGGCUGAACUCUCUACCUGUGGCCGGGACCUUAAAUGAGCUGACACCAGAAGAGAAAAAUACUUUCUCUUAGGUUUAGCAGCAAGUAGCAGCAGCAACGGAAGCAGCAAUGAGACACUGUGUAUUCCUCACUGUGUUGCUCACCCUGCUGUUGAGCCUUUCGAAAGAAAGUGUCCCUACAGAAACUCCCGAUCCUUCUGCAACAACCCAAACAACUUCAGAAAGUGUCCCUACAGAAACUCCCGAUCUUUCUGCAACAACCACCCAAACAACUUCAGGGAACUUUUGCAACCCAGACCCUUGUGGACAAAAAUUGGCUACGUGCAUUGCUUUAAAUAGCACUUUUACCUGCCAGUGCCAAUAUGGAUUCUACUACAGCAACAAGGAUUGUCACAGAGGGAAACUAUUCCCAGGGGUCAUUACACUGGAAGGACUUUACAGUAAUAGUGUUCAAAUUUUAAAUUCUGUGCAGUAUGAAGAGGUGUACCAAAAUGUAACAAAGUUUUUUAAGAAUGCCUUCAUCUCUUUAUCGGACUUUAAACAGACUGUCAUUGUGAAAAUUCAACCGCAAGAAGAAAGCAGAGCUUCUCUUCGAAUGAAAGUAACAGUGGCAAACCUGUUUAUGGAGAACACAACGGUGGAAAAUGAGACAGUUAAUUCUGCAAUAAAGGCUGCAGAAGAAAAGUCACCCUAUGUCUCUGACUACUCAUCUACAACCUAUUGUGAAGUUUUUAAUUGUGAUACCCAAACCACACACUGCAAAGAAAAUGUGUUUCCAAAAUGCAUAUGCAAAAAUGGUUUAUCAAAGACAGAAUGGGAUGAUCGUUCUUGUUCAGAUUGUAGUGAAGACUGUUCUGCAGAAGAAAAUGAGUACUGUGCAAAGGAAAAAGGGGUUCCAGUGUGCAAAUGCUUACCUAACUUUGAAAAGAAGAAUGCAAAAUGUGUAUCUUGUUCAGUGGGCUACUCUGGAGAGAACUGCAAGAACAAUAGUGAACUCAUCCUUAUAAUAGUGGGUACAGUGUUUGGAGCAAUUAUCCUGAUUCUAGUGAUAGUGAUCACUAUUGUUUCAGUAAGAGCCAAACACAAACAAGAUCCAGAGAAGAAGAAACUGAUAAAGUCAGGAUAUGCCAACCCAAAUACCUCUGAUGAUAGACAGACAACGAUGUUCCCCAGAGUCCAGACCACUUCAGGCCACGCGAACCCAGGAUAUCAGCCAAACAACCCAUAUGAGAUGCGUUCCUCAAACAGACGUCGUUUUCCGGAGAGGGAUUAUGAUGAUAUGUAUGAAAUAUCACGGGAGCCUGAGGGCUUCAGGGUGAGAUACUAAGUAACCAGAGCAGUAGAAGGAUGGACAACCACUGCGACAAUGGGUCAGAUAAGUUCCACAGCCUCUCACCAAUGCAGUUACUUCAGCAGAAGAGACAACAAAGUCCAUAACUGCAGAUUCUCUGAAGAUUUUCUAAAGUAAGACCCCUGCUUGCAAGAUAUCACGGGCAACUCUCUGAAAUAAGGGAAAAUGAAGCAGAGAACAGGAAGAAGAAGAGGACUUUUAAAAGAACUAAUGGACUCCAAUAAACAUUGGACUUCUUUCAGGAGGCCAGUAUAUUGGCAAGAGAGUGAACGUAGACAAGAUACCAGGAUUUUAACCCUGCUGUUUUUCAGUUCUUCUGGAAGAUGGUCCGGGCAAUAUAUGUAAUGCUGAAAAAUGUCAGCACCCAGAGCUUUACCUGUGUUUGUGCUCACGCCAUUUCAACUACGGGCAGUCUGCAUGGCUUUGGGCAGAUGAAAGCAAGACCAAAACUGUGCUUUAUGAGAACCUAACUUGUUUCUCUUCACUGUAUCAAAUAUAGUCUUAUUCCUCUCUUCAACCCCCCAAUAUUUCCUUCUGAAAACAUUCAGUUCAGUUCUCUGCUGGCAUGCAUUGUGUGAGACAAUGGUACCUGCCUGACCUUUUAUACAGCCUUCCUUCCCAAUACAAUGACAAGAGACAAUAUCUUCAAACAAAUACUAUUGUUCUCCAUCUUGUGCAACUACAUUGAUUUUUAUAUUCUCAGCUCCUGUGGAAAGUGUUAGCAUUUUUUUCUCUUGAACUCUUUAUAUUUUGUUUGAAUCAUCUUAAGUAUUUUUGUUUUUAAUUUCUUACUCCCAAUAAAUCCACCUGUAAAAGAAUCCACAUUUUACUGUAUUUUACUGAGUGUACAUUAUCUAUUGACUAACACUUCCUUAUAUCUAAAAAAAAUAUAUGCACAAAUAUGUACAUAUAU